AUUUGCUGAAUUAUUUAACAACUCAUUCUGAUAUUAGUACUCUAGUUUUCUGCACAAUUUGUUUAAUAAGGAGUUCGUCAGUAAAAUGAACGUUGUGAUUACCGGUGCAGCAGGAUUUUUAGGAUCACGAUUAGCAAAUGCUUUGCUAGCAGAGCAUUCAAAAAUACCUAUAGCGCGACUAGUUUUAAUAGAUCUAAAACAGCCACAUCCAUAUAGCGAUCCACGAGUUACAACACUGUCAGUUAAUCUAGCUGACCCUUCUGCAGCUGAUCUCAUCAUUGAACCCGAUUGUCAUGUGUUGUUUCAUUUAGCUGCAGUAUUAAGCGGUCAAGCUGAAGUUGACCUGGACCUGGGUCUUCGUGUUAAUGUUGACGCAACUCGAGCGCUAAUCGAAGCGGCAAGACGUCGAGCUCCAAAUCUUCGAUUUAUAUUUACUAGCACAAUUGGAGUAUUUGGAGGUACCCUUCCACUUGUUAUUGAUGAUCAAACGGUAGUAACCCCUGAAAAUUCUUAUGGCUCCCAGAAGGCAAUGUGUGAACUACUUCUAAAUGAUUAUGCACGGCGUGGUUACGUCGAUUCACGAAUAGUAAGACUGCCUACGGUAAGCGUAAGGGCUGGUACUCCAAAUGAAGCCGUAACAUCAUUUGCUAGCGGUAUUAUACGCGAACCAUUAAAUGGGAAAAUGAGUAUUUGCCCCGUUCGUAGAACGCAAAAAUUAUGGCUAUCAAGCCCCCACACAGUAGUGCAGAAUAUAAUACACGCAGCUACGAUUCCGGCAGGUGAGCUGGGUUCAUGGCGAGUAGUUAAUUUACCUGGCAUAUGCGUGUCGGUAGGAGAGAUGAUUGAAGCGCUAUGGGAAGUGGCAGGCGAUCGAGCAGCAUCUUUAGUGCAUUUUGACCGAGAUGAAAUGAUUGAACGUAUCGUUGCAAGCUUUCCGAGUCAGUGUGAUAACUCCCGUGCUCUGCGUCUUGGUUUUGCAGUUGAUAAAAGUUUUAUUGAUUUUAUUCGUUAUUAUAUUCGGGAUGACUUAAAUCCUUCAAAAUAAAUCAUUUUAUUUAUUUUAUAGAAACAAUAAACGCAAAAUUUAAAAAGUUUGUAUGAUAACGUGUAAAAAUAUACCAUAAAAAUAUAAAAGCAAGUAUAAAAUAUUAUUCGAAAAUUGUACAAUAUAAAACUAACAACACUAUACACAAUAAUUCAUUCUGUUAUAAUCAAUACCCACGACUAUGGCAAGGUUUGAAUUCCGCGAUACUAUUUUUCUGGAAAGAGAAAAGACAAAUAACUUUACAGUUAGUAAUUUAGCAGAAUGUUGCAGUGCCCCCUGAAAUAUGCGCCCCUGGCAGCCUGGCCCAUUCACGACCCUGCGGUGACUGAAUUGGGCUAGACACGAAACGAGUUGCGAUUGUAUUAACAUGGUUUUUAUAUGUCGAGAAAUUUAAAAUAAUUUUUUUUAUAUAUAUUUUAUGUAUAAUAAAGAAGUAUGCAAGUA